AUGAAGAUCCUCACUGAGCGUGGUUACUCAUUCACGACCACGGCUGAGCGUGAAAUUGUCCGAGAUAUUAAGGAGAAACUAUGCUAUGUUGCCCUUGACUUUGAACAAGAGAUGGCUACCGCUGCUUCCUCAUCUUCCCUUGAGAAAUCCUAUGAACUUCCCGACGGUCAAGUUAUCACUGUAGGAAACGAGCGAUUCCGUUGCCCCGAGGCUAUGUUCCAGCCUUCCUUCUUGGGUAUGGAAUCUGCUGGUAUCCAUGAGAACUCGUACAACUCAAUCAUGAAGUGCGACAUUGAUAUCCGUAAGGACUUGUACGCUAACACUGUCCUCUCUGGAGGUAGCACCAUGUACCCUGGUAUCGCUGAUCGUAUGCAGAAGGAAAUGACCGCACUCGCCCCCAGAGCGCAAAUACUCUGUCUGGAUCGGAGGAUCUAUCCUGGCUUCCCUAUCCACCUUCCAACAGAUGUGGAUCUCCAAGCAAGAAUACGACGAGUCCGGCCCAUCCAUUGUCCACCGCAAGUGCUUCUAAAUUCCUCGUCUCUACCAUCACUAUCACCAUCACCAUCACCGACGCACGAACAGAUCAAAGCUAAUCCUUUCGAGGUGUUUAGUGUGUAUUAUGCUCAAUAUGUUCGGGUUCGAAUGAAAAAUUUUCUUUUGUCCGAACUUGCCAUCAUUUUUUGCACAUAAAC